CUUCUUCAAUUAAAUCAAAUUAUUAUUAUUAUUAUUAUUAUUAUUAUUACUCCUCCAAGAAACGCACAAACUCAAACUCAAAAAACUUUCGAUCGCCUCGAAAAUUGGAAAGGAGGCUUUCUCCCUCUCCAUCCUUUGGGGCGUAAGAUGAACGACUGAUGAAAGCCAAUUCCCUGCCUGCGUGGAUCGUCGCCUGGAGAGGGGAGUGUGUUCCCUCCCGAAUCAUGAAUAAUGCAGCCGCGGUUGGAAGUGGACAAAGUCGACAAUUGGCAGGGAGUAAUUCGUGAGAAAGCGGAUGAUUGUAGGCAUCUAGGAAAGAAAGAUCGACACGUUCAAAGUAUCGAGGAGCAAAGCGUGACGUCUCGUUAAAAAUCGAAAGCAAAGGUUGAAAGGUUGAAAAAGUAAAAGGCACGCAACGUCUCGAUUGACGAUGCGACGACGAGGAUCCAAAGACGUCUCGAUAAUUUGGACCAGUUUCCUGAUGAAGAUCGUGGGAUUAUGGUUGGCCACGGAUCGGAACGAGCAACGUCAAAGGGAUUUCGCGUUGAUUUACACCGUUGGAACGCUGUUCAUCAGCAUAUGCAUCGCGUUCAGGGACAUAUAUUACUCGUGGGGCAAUUUCUCCAAUAGCGUUUUUAUCUGCUGCAAUAUUUUGUACGUGGCGAUCGUACUGUUGAAAAUCAGCGUGUUGUACGCGCACAGAGAGGAGUUCUUCAACUUGAUCGCGUUCACGCAGAAGAAUUUUUGGCGUCUUUACGACGAUCCGCAAGAAUUGUUAAUUAUCACCGGGUGCAAGAAAUUAUGCAACUUUUCCAUCGUGCUUAUCAUCUUCUGCGCCCAGGGUACUUGCGCUGGCUACAUGGUCACUCCGCUCAUAGAGAAUAUAGGGAAAAAUGAGUCUGACAGAGCAUUGCCGUUCAAUUUGUGGAUUGAUUUCCCCGUAGGAUUGUCGCCUUACUUUGAACUACUUUUCAUCCUACAAAUACUUUGCGUGUAUCACGUGGCCACGUGUUACAUCUGUUUCGACAAUCUGUUGUGCAUCGUGAAUCUUCACGUUGCCGGCCAAUUUCGUAUACUGCAACACAGACUGAAGAAUCUGGGGAACGCGAUCAGGGAUGAAACGGGAUUACCACGUUACGAGAAGUGUUGUUACGAAAGGUUGAAGGACUGCGUGGUGCAACACCAAACCCUCAUCGAGUAUUGCAAAAGAUUGGAAGAUAUAUUCACGGUGAUGGUGCUCGGCCAAGUAAUGUUUCUUGCAGUGGUGAUAUGCCUCGUUGGAUUUCAAUUGUUUCUCGCGGACACCUCGGCUUCGAAGAAAGCCAGUUUGGUACUGAAUUUGGGCGGCACCUUCUUUCAACUUUUAAUCUUCACUUACAGCUGCGACAAUUUGAUACGACAGAGCGUGAACGUUGGCAAUGCAGUGUUCUCAGGCCCUUGGGUUAAUCUGCCAAUGAGCAAGGCUGGUAUUCUCGUACGAAAGAAUCUGAUAAUCGUGAUAAUGAGAUCGCAAAAAAUUUGUUGUUUGACGGCCGGCAAAUUUUUCCCCGUUUCUCUGGAAACUUCGACCGCGGUUCUCAGCACGGCAAUAUCGUAUUUUACCCUGCUAAAGCAAUCGAGCCUAGAAAAUAUACUCGAGAUGAAAUCGAAGGAGGUGAGAGAUCUGUCAAUCACUGUCACCGCUUUUUACAUGAAAAUCGCCGGAUUUUGGACGUCGACCAAUUACGUGGAGGAACGGCGAAGGAACGUCACCAUGAGUUACACGCUGUUCGCGAUACUGUUCGCUGCGACCACCGAAGCCAGAGAUUUGUACUUCUCUUGGGGAAAUUUUAGCGAUUCGAUUUACGUCGCGUGCAACAUUAUAACCGUGUCCCUGGUUUUGAUCAAACUGUUAACGUCGUUUAUAUACAACGAGGAGCUGCUUGGGAUAAUUCGUUAUGCGAAGACGAAUUUCUGGCACUCGAAUUACGACACGUGCGAGAAAUCGAUAAUGAACAAGUGUCAACGCACUUGCAACUACCUCGUCUUCGUGUUCACUUUCUUCGCCCAGGGGACGGUUUUAGGUUUCAUAUUGAGGCCGAUUCUGGUGAAUCGUGGAAAAAACGAAUCGGACAGAAUACUCCCGUUCAACAUGUGGCUCGAGCUGCCGUUGUCGAUCACCCCGUAUUUCGAAGUAAUGUUCUUCGUACAGGUUGUAUUCGUGUACCACGUGUGCGUGUGCUACCACUGCUUCGACAGCCUUUUGUGCAUUUUAAAUUUGCACACGGCCAGCCAGUUUCGUAUAUUGCAACACAGAUUCGCCAACACCUGCAACGAGAAACGGGGAAAACGGGACGAAGACGAAGAAUCGGCGCUCAGUUUCUACGAGUACUCGAAGCUGAAGGCUUACAUUCGACAGCAUCAAGCUUUGAUCGAGUAUUGCAAAAAAUUGGAACAAGUGUUCAACUCGAUAGUGUUUGGCCAGGUGUUACUUUUCAGCUUGUUGAUGUGCCUCGAUGGAUACCUGAUACUCAUGGAAGAGACUCCUUUCGGAAGACGCGUCACUUUCACGUUCCACAUAACUGGUUGCAUGUGUCAACUGUUGAUGUUCACGUACAGUUGCGACUGCUUAAUAAGAGACAGCAUGGACAUAGCCGAUGCCGCGUACAAUUGCUUGUGGUCGUUUCUGCCGAUGAACAAAUACGGGAAAAUGAUACGGAGAGAUCUCAUGUUCGUUAUCACGAGAUCGAGGACGCCCUGUUGCCUGACUGCUUGCGGAUUUUUCGCUGUAUCCCUCGAAACGUAUACCAAAAUUUUGAGUACCGCGAUGUCAUACUUUACAUUGUUGAGAAACCAAUCCGAAAACGCAAUUAAAACGUAACUGACAUCAGCUUCGAACGUGUAAAAAUAAUGAAUUUAAAUUAUGAGAUGUACUUAAUUUCUUAUUACAUUCGUUAAACGAGAAGGAAUAAAGAAAAAAGUUUCG